AUGAAUUCUACAACUAAAACCUACACUGUUAUGUGUACAUGUUCAUCAUGUACCAAAAAUGCAAUUGGCAGAAUUUUGCAAAAUGCACAGACCUUUAAGCGUCAUAAUAAUGCUGAUAAGUUAUUAGACAUUGGCCCAAAAAAUCGAGUUAAUACAGAAGUUGUCGAAGAAGAGACAGACAUUGAGAUGAUAGAUGUAUCUGAAACAUCGAUUGAUUAUGAAGACAAUUAUUCUAUUGCAUCAGCCAAAACUACCCUACAGAGUGUACCUUUUUUGAGAGAAGAUGAGAUUUUUCAAUUCGAAGAGUCUGAUGUCGAGACAACAUCAUUGGCUUCUGACAAUGACGAUUCUGAUUCAAGCGAUGAGUCUGAAGAUGAAAACGAAGUUGAGGUUGCCAGUGUUGAAGAUUUUGAAGACAUGGUUGCUUCCGAAAUACUUACCUUUGUAGUUGCUUCUUUGAAAAUUCAUGAAAUGUCUCAAACAAGUCAAUUCAUGGCUCUAUUUGGCGUUAUCUUUCAGACGUUUUACUUGGUUCAAGCAGGUGGAACUGCUAUGUUGAAAUUCUUCCGCCAUCUUCUUGUUGCAUUUGAUAAGGAUACCGAUCUCCCACUCACCAUUGAUGCAUUAAAGACUAUGACCAGCUUCAAUUUCAUGACAAAAAGCAUCCUCAAAUACACUGUCUGCAACAAGUGCUUUACAAUUUACCUACCAGGCAAUCACCAACCAAAUUGCACAUUCGAAAAAUACACAACCACACCACCAACAUAUUGCGGAAAUCCUCUUUUCUCUGACACCAAAGCUGAUCGCACCAUUCCUCUCAUGGUUUUCCCAUACAACUCGCUCAAGAAUGCAUUGGCACAGCAUUUUGCCAAACUUGGGUUCGAGCAUCAAAUUGAAAAUGCAACCAAAGCUGAGAUGUGGUUCUGUGCAGAAUCUGAUGCAGAGAGAGCUGUUUUGGAGAAGCAGCAUGGCACCUGUUUUUCCAAGUUGCAUUGCCUACACUACUUUGAUCCUGUCCAAUGCGCGAUUGUUGAUCCCAUGCACAAUUUGUUUCUUGGGACAGCAAAGCAUAUGAUCAGUGUUUGGAAAGACCUGAGGUAUCUCCCAAUUGCUGUUCUCGUCCGUAUGCAACGUCUUGCUGAUGGUAUUCUUGUUCCUCCUGGGUAUGCCGUUUUAUCAACAAAGAUCGAAUCUGACGCUUUGCCUGAAGACGACUACAAAAACUGGACUCUCUUUGUAAAAGCAUGCCAAAAGUUGACCAGUCCUUCAGUCACAUAUUCAGAAAUUGACAGCGCACACCAGCUCCUUGGAGAAUUCGGAAAAGAGUGUGAGACUCUUUAUGGAGAGAGCAGCAUCACGCCAAAUAUGCACUUGCAUAUGCACUUGCAUGAGUCAAUGCUUAGCUUUGGUCCAGUAUACGCAUUCUGGCUGUAUAGCUUCGAAAGAUACAAUGGCAAGUUGAAGAACAUCAAGACAAACCGUCACAAUGGUCUUGAGGUCACCUUCAUGAGAGUCUUUCUGGAGAAAGCACUCAUUGAGUUCCUUGAGGGGGUUGCCCAAGUAAAAUCAAAUUUGGACAGCUCUUCUCCCUUGAAUUUGGAUGCUGGCCACCCUCCUGCGUUACUAUUUAGCUUAGCAAUAUUCCAGCAAGCUGCUACCAAUCCAUGGUACAAUGUCACCGGAAGUGAGGCCUUGCCCCCAACCACAUUGCCAAUCAAGUUGCAGCCUUUGACUAUGAUGAAGAAUGAUCACUAUCAGUGGUUAUUUGAAUUCUAUGUCAAGGCUUACCAGAGUACAAGUGUUUCCUUCUGUGUGGUAGGGAGAAUCCCAAUUGGUGAGGAUGUAUUUGUGAACAAUCGGAUUCAAAAGGUGAAGAAGAUUUCGUUGCUGGGGCAAGAGUACUGCAGUGGUGAAAAGAAGAAGCGCGGGUCUUUUGUGAGGGUAUUGUUUCUUGAGAGAACAAAUGACAAUGUAUCUGAAUUCCCUGGUCAAAUAGAGUAUUUAUUUACUCAUACCAUCAAGAUCAGUGGAGUCAAAAGAGUGUCAAUGUUCGCAUUCAUUAAAUGGUUUCCCACCUACCAUUCAAGUAGUUAUCAGCCAUUAGCUGAUCAAGGUCUGCAGUUGUGGGACAAGGGAUUUAUGGAAGAAGAUGCUUCGUGCAUUGUUCCGGUGCAUCGUCUGCAUUUGUGCUUUGCGUUGACUACGCAUAAAAUGCAGAGUGGGACGCAAAAGCACCUGGUUAUUCCACUGCCUAGAAAAGUAGUCACAUAA